AUGGAUGGGAUUAAAAGUGAAGAUGAUAGUCAACGAACUAUCAACGAUGGCGAUUGGCUCUGUCCUGAUUCACAGUGUGGAAAUGUCAACUUUGCCAGACGCAAUUCUUGUAAUCGCUGUGGAAAAGAUAGAGGAGAGUAUGCUAAGAAGAAAAAACUCGGCCAAGAAAUAGGUAAAGUUGCUGCUGAAAAAAGUCGCGGAUUAUUUAGUGCUGAUGAUUGGCAGUGUAGCAAAUGUGGUAACGUCAACUGGGCAAGACGACAGCAAUGUAAUAUGUGCAAUGCACCUAAAUUUGGUGAAGUUGAAGAGCGAACUGGAUAUGGAGGUGGUUACAAUGAUCGAGGAGUAGUCGAGUACAAAGAACGACGGAAUGAUGACGAUGAUGAGUACGAUGAGUUCGGUAGGCGACGCAAGAAAAGAAAAAUUGAUCGCUCUGAUGAUGAUUCUAAGGAUUCUAAGUACAGUAGCUCGCCGAGGAGUAAGUCUAAAGAUUCUAGUGAUGAUAAAAUAGCCGAUGAUUCGGCGCUGCGUGAUGAAGUUAAAAGUAAUUAUGAUGAUGAUGAAGAAGAAAAUGAAGAUGAAGAUGACGAUGAAGAAGGAGAUUUAUCAAAAUAUGAUUUGAGUGAAUGGGAUGAUUUCGUUCCAGAGAAAAAAAGCAUCAAUGGUAAUGCCAAUUAUACUGACAAACAACGUUCAAGGUAA